AUGGGAGUUCUACAAACUGAUAAAAGGGUGUUUAUUCAUCAAAGCAAGUAUGCAAAGUCCUUGCUUGUGAAGUUUGGCCUCAAAGAUUGUAAGUCAGUAACAAUUCCUCUACCCACUGGUGAGAAACUAAAGAAAGUUGAUGGAAGUGAGUUGGCUGAUGAAGGUCUGUUUAGAAAAAUUGUUGGCAGUCUGUUGUAUCUAACUGCAACCAAGCCUGAUAUAAUGUUUGCAGCCAGUUUGUUAUCAAGAUUUAUGCAUAGCCCCACAAAGAAGCACAUGGGAAUUGCAAAAAGGGUUCUCAUAUACAUUCAAGGCACUCUCAGCUAUGGCAUUGAAUUUACAAGGGACAAGAAUGCUAUUCUGAUUGGUUUUUGUAACUCUAAUUGGGCUGGCAGUGAAGAUGACAGUAGAAGCACAUCUGGAUAUGCAUUCAGUUUUGGUAGUGGAGUCUUUUCAUGGGCUUCAGUCAAGCAAAAUACAGUUGCAUUGUCAAUCGCAAAAGCUGAAUACGUCUCAGCAGCUGAGGCAACAGCUCAAGCUAUUUGGCUGAGGUUUGUAUUGGAUGAUUUUAGUGAAAUGCAAUCUGAUGCAACACCAUUGUUUUGUGACAACAUGUAG